GCGGGCUGAGGGGAGGACACGGGCCGCGCCGGGGAUCCCCACCGGGCCGUGUGAGGAGAGGCUCGGCGGGACCCGGACCCCGGCUCCGGGUAGACGAUCCUCGGGCCGCCCGGUGAACGCAGCCCCUACAUCAGCCCGGGCCUGUGGUGGGAGAGGAGGGGAGAGCCUCGGGGCCCCGGCCUUGGCCGGGGAGAGGGAAAGGGCCCUUCUCCGGCAACGCAAACGAGCGCUUUUACUUUUUCACGCAGGAACGGGUGUGAAAAAAAUUCACGGGAAACCUCAUAGGAGGGACCAGCGGCACCCACCGGUGCAGGCGGCGAUGAGGUUCCUCCCGCAGGAUGGAGGACGCUGGCAGCACCGAUGGGACGUGCUCAGCCGCAGUGAUGCCCAAUAUUACACGGUUAAGGGAGCCUCCAGCAGUAUUUGGGGGCUCUUUAACAGCCCACCGUGGGGGUUUUAUCCCCCCCUACAAGCCAGGUACUGACCUGUCCCAACGGCAGAUUUGCAGAGCUUCAGAUGUCUGGAAUGGGGCAAAGGGCCCUGGUAAUGCACAGCAACAACUCCAGAAGCUUUUCCAACCCUGCAGCCUUUGAGCACGUGUGACUUCAGCCCGUUUGUCUCCAGAGCCAGUGAUAGUUUUGCUCUUACAUCCAACUGGAACCAGCAGGUCCGGAAAACCCUCUCGCAGCCAUGGCGCUGGUGAAGAGCGGUUGGCUUUGGCGGCAGAGCUCCAUCCUGCGCCGCUGGAAGAGAAACUGGUUCGUCCUCUACCUGGACGGCAGCUUGGUUUACUACCACGACGAGACGCAGCGUGACAUGGACGGCCGGAUCCACAUCAAAUACAGCUGCCGGGAUGUGAAGACCGGCCGCGAGUGCAGAGAUGUGCAGCCGCCCGAGGGGAAGAGCCGCGACUGCCUGCUGACCGUCGUGCUGCGGGACGGCUCCAAGACGACGCUCUGCGCUGAGAGCGAGGACGACGCCGUCGCUUGGAAGAUGGCCGUGCUGGAGGCUAAAUCCACCCCGGUGCAUGUCUAUGACCCCUACGACGACGACUACUACCAGACGGUGCCCCUCGACUCCCACCAGACCGCCUACAUCAGCUCCGGCCACUACGGCCACCAGUACGGAGCUCCCGGGGUGACCCACGUCAUCGUGCGCGAGGAUCCCUACCGGGUCUCCGGGGACCAGAUGGCCUUGGGGCUGCUGGCGGGGGCUGCCACCGGCGCUGCCCUCGGCUCCUUCAUGUGGAUGCCAUGCUGGUUUUAGCAGCCCCGCACUCUCCUCCCGCAGGAUUUGGCCCCCCUCCAGCUGGGCCACAGCCCCCUUUGCCUCCCCAGCCUGGUUUAACUCACCCUUGGCUUGGUACCCGCCGCGAGCCACCCUCGGCCUCCCAAAAACAGCCUGCUCGGCCCCCUGCACCCUGGGGACAGAGAUACAGCCCCAAACCCAUCCCAUAUCCUCCUCCCAGCCCUGGCUUUUGCAUUAAAUAACCCCUACGUGCUUCAGAGACCCCCCAAAAACCUACCCCAAAACCCCACAGCGCCCGAUUCCCAUCUGCAGAGGGCCUGGGGAGCUGCCAGGGCCAUCGGCAGAGGGGAGGGCGCAGCGCCCCAACCCCAAAACCUGGCUCAAUUUCCCCCCCCCAAAUCUCUGUAGGGAGAUGGCUGUAGAAAUACCUGGUUUUUGGAGCAAGGGGGAUUUAUUUGGGGGAAGGUGGCUGAAUUUUUUUGCAGCCCUGGCUUGGCGAGGUGAAGCCGACAGCACAGCUGCUUUUUAAGAGCUUUUUUUGGCGGGAGGUUCCAGCACCGGAGUGGGAUCAGGUGCUGACACGAGAGGCAACCCCAGGGGUGCUCAAGAGACAGGUUAAAGAUUAAGGGGGAUGAAAACCUUUGCAGGGUUUCCACCCCAUUCCAGCCUCACACCGGUCCCCUGAGCCUGGCCAAGCUGGAGAAAUGGUGCAAAACUCCCUGGGAUUUGGGGCUAAACCCCUGGGAACUGGGGUUAAAUCUCUGGGAAUUGGGCUGGGAAGAGCCCUGGGAACAUCACAACUUCCCCAGCCAAGCGGCAGUCACUGCGGGAGGGAUGCACAAUAUCGUUGAGUUUCACCCUGAUUUUUGGGAGGGGGAGAAAUCGCUUGGGGAUGAGGGCAGCUCUCCCUGGGGACCAGGGACCCUUUCUGGCAGCCAAGCCAGGAUCUUCGAAGCAGCGGUUCGGGAUUGAGGCGGGGACAUGGUCCCUUUGGGUGGCCCUGAGGCCAGGGGACAAGCGGCACUUCUCAUUUUGGCACUGCGUUGGGCAGCACCAGGCAGACGUCGAGGGAAGGGGGAGAGGCGCAGCUGCCACGCAUCUCCCUUAGAGGCACGAUUUAAUCCUGGAGACACCAUCAAUAUUAAAACAAAAUCAAGAAUUAAAAACAAAA